CGCGCACGACAACUGAUUAUUGAAUACAAAAUAGCAGGCUAGUAGUGAAUAAAACGGAAUGCAGUGCACGUUGCGAGACGCGAUGAAGUAUACUCAAAGCAACGCGGUGCGAAUCGCAUGCAAUUGAGUGACGUGCUCGUGCUUCUCUGCUCGUUCAAAAUCCAUAACUGCUUUCCACUAUGGUUUUUUCCUUAUAAAACCAAGAACAUGUCAUAGUAUGUAGGCACAGCCUUAUUUUGUCGGUUUCGUGUUCUGGCCCCUACGUUUUUGCUCGUACGCCAGCGACGUCAUCCCUCCGGACGAUGGUGAGAAGAAUCUGGAGACGGUCCCGCGGCGCAGUUCACCGCCGCGCCUUUUGAAUUAAUUCCAAAGUUUUUGCCACCGUAGCUUGUGGUUUGCAUCUAGUCAGUCAUACGGAGACAUAGGCAUCGCAUUAUUAGCGCCCAGUCCUGUGGUUGCUGAUGUCGAUGGCGCGAGAAAGCGUCGCUAACCCGUCCUUCAGCGCAGCUGUCAAGCUGGCGGACUUGGACGACUACUUGGCACCUGCUCAGAGUUGCGUAGUCCCGAUUCUGACACCAGAGCGCCAAAAUGACCAGGCGGUAACCAGAUCCGUUAGUGGCCGAGCGAGAGGGAAUGGAGUACCAGGACUCGGGAGAAGUGGGAUACGGACUGGGGACUAUGGCAACAGCGACCGAUUCAACCAGGGAGCAAAUCUUAAUGACGGCAAGGAAUAUGGGCGGGCAGAUCUUAUUCGGUUGGUGAAGCCCGGCCGGGAAACUGGGCGUGCGAUUACCGAUCGUGGUAUGCAUGCAACAGGCAGCAGGAAAAGGGAGGCUGUUGCAAUGACGUCUGCUCGGAAGGGGAACAGUGCGCCGAACCCGAAUAUGACACAAGGACAGGAAGAUGCGGCAGGCGGGGAGAAAGGUAAUGCCAUAGCGGCGUCCACAGCUGUGGCCAAGGUUUCCCUCUAUGACUGCUUGGCUUGCAGCGGAUGUGUUACCUCAGCAGAAGCAGUUUUGUUGGACCAUCACUCUGUAGAUCAGUUUCUCCGGUCGGUGCGGAGCUCUUCGGCAAAGUCAAUUACAGUGGUGUCAUUAUCUUUUCAAUCUAUAACAGCCCUUGCUCACGAGUUUGGGUCAUCACCGGCCAAGACGUUACGGCGGAUUUCCACGCUGUUUCGACUAGCCGGUGCUACGUACGUUCUUGGUACGCAAGUUAGUGACGCAAUUGCCGUAUUAGAAGCUGAGCGAGAGUUUGUUCGGCGAUACAGGGAGGCAGCGGAACGGACUGCAAGUGAACGAACUCAUCUUCAGUCGACAGUUCAGGUCGAGACAGACAAGGAAGAGGGCCUUUCUUCACCUCCCACAGGGGGGCACUCGAUUGACGAAACAACCAUUCCGCUUGUUCCUGCCGAUGGCUUGUUGCCAGUUCUGACAUCAUUUUGUCCAGGGCUGGUGUGCUACGCGGAGAAGAGUCUCCACCCUUCAUUGCUUCCAUAUUUCAGCCGUGUCCGCAGCAGCCAGCAGAUCCAAGGGGUUCUGGUGAAAGGCCUUUUGUGCGAAGUUCACAACGCCCGCUCCUUUUUCUCCCGCUGGCGAGUUGCCAUUCCAAUGGCAAACUGGUUCCUGUCACCGAUGAUGAAGCGGACUUUAUCUCGCUACUGCCACUUAACUGCAGGUCUGAGCAAACAAGUGUGCCAGCAGGCAGCCCGCAGCAAUACUGCCAAGACAGGUAACGGUGAUAUGCAUCCAUUGGCCGGUGACCUGCCCAGCAGUCGAGUGCAAACAGACUUGCGUGUUCCUGCCAAGGUUGAAUGCCUGAGGCGAAAUGAGGAACUAACACCAGGGGACAUAUUUCACGUCUGUGUAAUGCCUUGUUUUGACAAAAAGCUGGAAGCCGCCCGACCUGAGUUCCGGAGCACUCCCAUGGCAACAGCAGCAGAUUGCCUUCACUCAGUUCCCGCCUCCUCGGGACAUCGACUACUCUCUGGUUUGUCAGAGCAAGCUGGUACAUCGCUGCCCAACAAUGGUGCCUCCGGUGGGGAUACUCCCGACGUGGACCUUGUGCUCGCUACCAACGAAGUGACGACACUCAUGGAGCGGUUGAACGUCAGCUUUGAUGAGCUAGACGACUCGCCAGUAGAUGACUUCUAUGACUAUUUCUCGGGACUUUGGUAUCAAGGAAGCCGCUGCUCAGGUCCGUUCGUAGGAGAGCCACCCCACUUGGCUGACGGAGCUUGCUCUAUGACUCAGUGGGGUACGCCUGAAGAUUCACCUCUACCGAUGCUUGGGCAUCCCGUGGAGCAGGAAACACCCGCAAGCCGCUCUGACAACAUUGAUAAAGAAUUUAGUAAGAGAGACGUGAAACCAAGCCGUCCUUCUGAGUACCUUUCUGGUAGCGGAGGCUAUACAGAUCGCGUGUUCCGGAGAGCAGCGUGGGAGUUAUUUGGCGUCAAAGUUGAAGGUCCCCUACAGUUUACUCAGGGACGAAAUGAGGACUAUAAAGAAGUGACUCUUGUCGUUGACGGGGAAGAGAAGUUGCGUUUCGCUAUUGCCUAUGGGUUUAGAAACAUUCGAAAUGUCGUUCAGCGGCUCAAACGAGAGAUCAGUGAGGAAACAUCAAAAAACAACAGCCGAGAUCAUCUCCGUUCGCCUGUGCGCGAUUUUUCUAAUCGCGAACAUACCGCUUCUCCUCAUGCUGAUAUUCGAAUUGAUGGUGCUGAUGAAGAGUGUAUCGCCGUGUCCCACAGAAGGAACAAGCGUGCACAGAGGCGGUUCCCCCACUUCAUCGAGCUCGCAGCGUGCCCAGGAGGGUGCCUCAAUGGAGGAGGGCAAAUGCUGUCGCUGGGAAGGAGCCAGCGUAGGGCGUCCAAAAAUUCACAUGGUUACAUUUCUACCGAUUCGACAGGCAAAUCGGGCACAAGAAUCAGUGAGGUUACAAUCAGUGCGAAGUCAGCAGCGAUCGAGACUGAACGGGUGAUCGAUGCACACGCGGCCGGUUUGUCAGGAUUGAGUUCUGUCACAGCGGGAAAAGUUGGGAGCACAUCAGCGAAACCGGACAGUGAAACCCAAAAGCCCCUGACAUGUCUGACAGAUCUUCUUCACUCGUCGUUCGUCUUCCACGACCCGCUGCAUAGCCGAGAGAUCGAACUGGCGUACAGGUAUCUUCAGGGUCGUGUGCGGAGUUCUUCUGCAAGUAUCGGAGAAGAACCUGUGAAAACGAACAGGCGACAGUGGAGGCAAUCACGUGCUGUUAAGGAUCGUAGUGACGGCGAGGUCACAGUUGACUGGUGGCAACGAGCGCUGAGUGAGGAGCAGGAGUACAAGGCCAUGUACACCAGUUUCAAGAGCAUUUUCCUUACGUCUGAGCCACCUUCCGGUGCAACGAUGGCGUCACUGAAGUGGUAGUAGAGUCGAAUUAUGCGGCUGGUGCCGCAAAUUCGUCGGCGCACCCGUAAAUUUGCUCUGCGUGACUAGUACAUGGUUUCAAGACUAUGCAAGCCCAUGGUGGUCUCUGUUGAUGCAGCAUGGAGUCACGGUAUCUGGCAGCUCGUGACUAGGAUGUUCCGUCUAUCAUCGUGCGUACUGUAGUCCGCUAUGGGUUUCCCGAGCUGCAGUAAAUCAGUAAUUCGAGCCGGUGCCUCUUGUAAGUGUUAAGGUGCCAUUCGGUUGCGCGCAAAGGACGAACUAUUCGUAAACAAGAACCAGUCGUUGUGGCCGUUUUUUGCGAUUUAGUUCUGCUCCUUUUUCCACCGUGUGACUCCCGUAUACUACUGAGUCGUCGCUCGUUAACCAUUGGGGCGAUGGGACGUCUCGGUGAUUGCUGUCAAGUCACGGUGGCAAUGCCGUUUUUCCACGUUAUUUUUUGUCGUACGGUGCGUUUCUCGUUCGCAGUUGUAUUUGGAGGAUAGCGAUCUACAUCUGGCGCCCGUUGCGCGGCCUUGAGAAGUGGAUGUGCCGAUUAUUGCUUUGCAAGAACUCGGUGUGGAGUUUGUGGAGACUGCAGGAGGUGCAGGGCUCCAGAUGAUCGAGCGGUUAGCUAGAGGGAAAUUGGCGGGAGUCUUCUACUUUAUACUCAUUUCAUAUGCAGAUAAAUCGACUGUUCACCGUAGUAACGCGCGUGUACAGAGACGAACUGCAAUGUUAACGCACACAACCGGGGAUACGCCGCCGGUGGUCCGAGAGAUCUCACAGGGCCACAUAAGAAGCCACGUUUUGUCAGGAGAGAUGGGCCUGCCUUGACUUAUAUUACGAGAGAGUUGCUGACUGGUGUCCUAAUUACAAAAAAUCGAUGGUAAUUUCCGGUGAACGCUUUCGGAUUCCUUGGGACCAUCGAUAGACAGCCUUCGAGCUGUUAUACAGUUCAUCCGAAAUUAUGUACAGGCUGUGAGAAAUCUUUGUAUUUUUGCAUCCACUUUCGUUUGGCAUUCAAGAGGUUCUAUGACAUCACGGGGCCUCACAGCCGGGACCGCCGCAACGAUCAAGUAUCAUCCGGGUGGCAUUUACGGUACAUAAACUGCUGAUAAUAUCGAAUAAGCGUCUGAGGUAGGCGUUGACUGAUAACCAAUACCUUCAAUCUGGCCUGUUAGACUAAUAUAUUGUGACAAGAAUUACGGACGUACAAAAACGUCGCGUAAGCCGCACAGGCCUAAAUAUUGCAGGUGACGCGAAAUCUUUACUGGGAGCCCGUUUGUACCUCACGUACCACAACAGACUUCGAAUGACAGCUACCGGAAAUUUAUUCGACAAAAGACACUGUUUUUGUGACGGUAGAACGACGCACGGAUGACCAUUAACUCAGGACUUAUGUUGGUGCCUGACAAGAGGGGACAUCGGACACAGCUAUGGUCACGGCGGCUAAGGUUGAAUCCCGGUCAGCCGUCGAUUUUUUUAAAAUUUCAUGUCCCUCAAAUGGAAGGUUCCCUGUCUUCUUUGAACAGUAGUCACAGGGGAGCAUAGCUGCUUGAUUCAAAAACGUCCCAGUAACGCUUUAUGGUUGAAUGUGACUCGACAGCCCAGCAGAGUAAAAGUCGCCGAGGUAUAACAGCAUGCAUGCCGUUGCAUGACACGGGCAAAAAUCCGAUAAGACAGUUUUCAGGCUGGGCGCCGGACGGGCGGUCGAACUUGAGAGCCCACACACGCAGAAGCAGCACUGGUAGUCCGAAAAUAAUAUGCUAGGAUGCAUAGAGCUGCUCAGCUUAUGCCGCUCGUGCUUUACAAACUCUCUCCACAACAACAUGGGGAAAAUACUUCUUACCGCUCAUCACCAUGUUCUCAG